AUGUUAAAAAGCGAUUCGAUUUACGACUUUGACAAUCUUGAAGUGCCGAGUAAGAUUAGAACCAUUUCUCCCCUUGAUCUUCAACUUCACCAUAAUCUCCAGAAUCUGGUGAACGCUCAAGUGGCGGAGGUGGAGACGGAUUCGGAUAGAGAGGUGGCUCGACAAGGAGUCCCACCAAGAUCCAAUCCAUCGCCGCCACGUGGGAGAAGAAGGAAAAGAUCGAAAAGGCGAACUGAGCGGAGAGCUGAAGGAGAUCGAUUGUUGUCGACUUCUGCUUCUCCGUCACCCGUACAUCGAGAGGAUCAAGAAGAAAGAGAGCAAGAGCCCGACGAGCUCUCCACAAGUGCCGGUUUGUGCUCGAGCUAUUCACGAAUGCUACUCAAACUUCUGCCAUGCAGUUGCCCAAAUCAGGCACAUCCACACAGUCUGCCAUCAAACAGCGACGAGCGACUUCAACGGGGAUCCGUUCUUGGACUCAUCGAUGAUAGGACAACAUUCGACGAAGUGUCCGCAUGGGGUGUUUCCUUUGAAAGAUUGAUGAAAAGCAAAGUUGGACAGAAGUAUUUCGCGGAAUUUCUGAAGGGCGAAUUCUCGGAUGAGAAUAUUCUUUUCUGGCAAGCUUGCGAGGAACUCAAAAGGGAAAGAAAUGCUGAAAAGGUCGAAGAGAAAGCCCGUAUCAUCUAUGAGGAUUUUGUGUCAAUUCUUUCCCCAAAAGAGGUCUCACUCGAUUCGCGUGUUCGUGAGAUCAUCAACGCCAAUAUGGUACAUCCAACGGCGCAUGCUUUUGACGAAGCACAGGCCCAAAUCUUCACCCUAAUGCAACGGGAUUCCUAUCCACGAUUCGUCAACAGUGCCAUGUAUCGAAAAUUGAUUUCCUCGUUUGGAACAAUCGAAGACGCU